AUUAUUCUGUUAAACUGUGCGAGUUAACUUUUAUUUUGAAAAGUGACGUGACGCGUAGAACCGCGAAGAUGACGUUACGCGCCUUCUCCACCAAUAACGAAGCAAAAACACUUCAUCACUCGGUAGUACAGUCUUUUUUUACUGUUCCCUAAACUUUUGAUUAUCAGCACUGUGGAUGUUUUACUUCGUGAUCGUUUAAUGGUCCGGGAGGUAAGAGUCUGUCAUGGAGUCUGUGUUAGUAAACCUGCAGCACGUCGUGGAGUUACUGGCCGUGUCUCAAACGAACUAUGUGAAUGAAUGGGACCAUCACACAGUACUCAGAGCGUUCAGGUGGGCUCAAUUUUGCGAGCAGCUUCACGCACUGUCCUGCUCGAACCCUCCGCUCAGAUCCGCUAUGCAGUCCCGCCUGCAUGACACCAACCAGCUCCUGCAAGAAAUAUCACCUUCGUACUCUCCAGUCACGUUGUCCGGCCUGGCUCAAUGUCAACACAGUCUGCUCAUUAAUUUACUCAGGAACCCUUCUGCACCAUGCUCCAUCGUACAAAUGUUUUUCCCAAAUCCCAAAACGGCUACACACGACGGGUUUGAUAUGGACCAGACCCGCCUUAUUACAUGCAAAUCCGCUUUAAAGUUGCUAUGCCGCAGUUUGGACAGGACAAGUAAUGCUGGAUUAAAUGUUGAAUCAGAAGUGAAAGGCAGACUACUCCGAAAACAUCUAGAUUCAGUAGUGUCUCGGUCUGAUAAUUACGUUGCUGCGAGAUCGCUACUAGAUUCAGUCCUCCGUGAUAGCGCGGGAAAAAUUGACAGCCUUUAUGACGUCAUAGCAGGUGCGCUCAUUGACGAAACAAACAACGACACUUGUCACGUCAUCCUCGACUGGCUUCAAGAUCACGACGGAUGUUUAGGUAAACUGUGCAGCUCGAUGUCCCCUGGGCUUUGCUGCGUUCUUUCUGGAGGGUCUGUAACGUUUAAACGUGGCUACUGGGACGCUUUAAAACAGUGGGCAUCCAGCCUGGAGUAUGAUGUCAUGCAGAGCGCGUGGGUGCCGACGUGUUCCGUGACGUCAGAGGAGCCAGUGACGUUUAAUGUACUGGUUGAUCGAUUCGGGGCUCUGCUAAAAUCAGGGUCGCCGUUAAAAGAGGAGACGGAGACUAAGCUCCUAGAAUUAAAACUUGAAAGUGGGGACUUUGACGUGAAAGGUGUUAGUGUUUGGACAGAUCUAAUAAUUCAACUAAAAAUGUUAAAAUAAUGAUAUUUGGAGAAAUGUGGUAUAAUGGUAAUAAUACAAAUAUGUCCUACUUGAGAAUGGAUGGAAGUGUAUUUGUGUGUUCUUUUUGUAUUGGGAAAUACUGACUAGAUUAUUUCAAUUUAACUUAUUUGCUUGUCAUUUAGAUUUACUUUUUAGAGGACUGAACAUUUGUGAAUUUUUUGCUUUUUGGCAUUUUUGUAUGUAUUCUUUGUUAAAAUUAUUAUGAAUUAUUACAUCAUAUUUUUACUGUCUUGUAUACACACACACACAUUCCAAACAUAAUUACUUUUUGUCAUAGUUUUGAUAUUUUAAACUUUUUAGGUAAUUUAAACAAUGAAAGCUCUAAACUGAUUUACAAAAAGUACAAGUACAAAAAGAUGUUGUGUUGUGUAUGCCUCAGGCUUCCAGCAGACAGGGGGAGACAAUGUCCUUCACAAUCAUAACCUUCCCAUAUGCUUUCUCUAUAAGCUGAGAUUGAACCAUUGCGCAUUGUUUAAAGUUUCAACAUAAUUAACUUUGUCCACAUUAAAUUAUUUAAGUCAAUGCCUAAACGCCAACAAUUAAAAUUUGUUUUUUAGGCCUAGACACAUUAAGGGAAUAAAAAACUAAACCAAAAUGCAUGCACGGCUUACAACUGUAGAUCUGUAUUUGCAAUGCAUUUUAUAAAUAUGUUAGGACACAUUUAGUAAAAGUAUUAGACUGAAUAGGCUGCAUGACAGAUGGUGGAAUAUUUGUCACCUUGGCAACCGCUGGCAUUAGUCUCAGAAUUGUAUUUGAAAUAGAAAAGACCGGGCAGCAAAUGCACGCGCCUCUUAAAUUGGUCCCUGGGGAUUCACAGACGCGUGCUUUGUGGGAUGAAUUUCAUAUGUCUGUCACAUAAGGGAGGAGCAGAAGCUGCAUCGACCGGGGCCACUCCACAUUUAAUGAUUUAUGAGGUAGCAUGAGGUUAUUGAAACCAGCAAUCAAAUCUCAUUGUUUGUGAAACCAUGAAAUCUCAAUAGCAUUAUUUUGCUUGUUGAUUCCUCAGAUAAAUAUCAUUUGCUUAUCAAAACAGUAGUUUGUUAAGGGGAUAGUUCACCCAAAAAUUAGUUGUUAACUCUCAAGUUGUUACAAACCUGUACAAAUUUCUUGUUCUGCUGAGAAAUGUUUAACCAGACCAUUUUUGAGCACCAUUGACUUCCAUAGUAUUUUUCUUUUCUACUACCAAUGGUGCUCCUGUUUCCUGCUUGAUUACAGAUACCUUCUUUUGUGUUCAGUAAAACAAAGAUUUUUUGCUGAAUUUUCAUUUAUGAGUAAUCUAUCCCUUUGUUUUAGUGAAUAUAUAAAAUCUGUCUAUCUAAUCUUUGUAAAAGGAUUUUACAUCUUAUCACAAUCAAAAUCUCCAUUAAAAUGACAGAACUAGUGAUAUUCAGUGUAGAACAUGCUAAUUAAAUAUUGAAUAAAAGAAGCAAUUUAAUCGACCUUAACAUCCUUUAACCAGGACAGAAAUAGCAGAGACAUUUUUUCAGGGUGUUCUGACUGCUCUUGAUAUGCUGUGGUGUCUUAGACACUUCAGUAGAUGAAUAUUUUUUCUUUCAUCCUUGUCUCCUUGGAAACAAUAAAAUGUGUGUUUUCUCGGCUCAGUUAUGC